UGGGUCACGGAUGCACCACGGUGCGGCGGUGCGGGCGUGCUCGGCUCCGCUCGGUUUGCGUCGGCUGCCUCCGGCGACGCAGGCGCGCGGCCCCCAUCGAUCGCCGCCCACGCGCGCAGCGCCGCUCAAGUGCUCCGCGAGUCGCGACGCGAGUCCCGGGCUUGGCCCCUCGACGAUGGCGGCGUGAGCGCGCGCCGCCCGCGGCCUCCGGCGGACAUGCCGCGAUGGCCAGAGAGGAGGUUAGAGGAAAGAGGCCUUUCAAGAUAUGGGACAGUUCUCGGAACGUGAGGAAGGGGCUGGUGGUCACUAGCUUUGAAGAGUUAAUACAUAGAGGUAAGGAGAAGUUGUCAGUAGCUGCGAGUGAGCCGGUGCGGCUGGUGCUAGAGAGUGACGGCACGCAGGUCGAAGACGGCGAGUACUGGCGUACGCUACCACCCAAUACCGUACUGCUGCUGCUGCGCCAGGGCGAGCGAUGGUAUCCCACAGGAGUCGACGUCAUCAAGGCCGCAAUAUCAGCAAUCCCCAAAAUAGUAUGCGAGACGAUCCACGCGCUCGAGUUACACGAUGAGACGCCUUCAUGGAAGAUCAUGGACAACAAGGGGCGCGUCACGGUGGUGCUGCACUGGGACCAGCGGCCCGCGGCGUCGCCGGCCGCGCGCUCACCCUCGCGGCAAGCCAAGCCGGAUCGACGGCCCUCGCUCGUGAUCCAGACGUCGCUGGACCGGCCGCAGCCGCCGCCGCCACACAUCACUGUUGUGAACCACGACGAGCCGGGCCCCGCGCCGCGCCGACUGUCGCGCGGGCCCGGCUCGCUCGAGCAUACGCCCGGCGGCGUGCACGUGCAUACGUCCGAGUGCCGCGCCGCGCCCGCCUCGCCUGCGCCGCACCCGCCACACGCACGGCCACCGCCAGACGAGUGCGACUUCCAUUGCUGUGCGCUACAUGAGGAAGGACGCCGGAUCGCCGUACACAAAAGCGUCGCUACCUCGCCCAUACAGGACGCGCAGCCUCGUGCCUCACCACAGGGCCGACCGAAAGGCCACGUGCGCUUUCUAGACGCAGAAUCGGCUCGACGAGGUGAUCGCGACUCGUCUGAGAGUGAAACAGAAAACACACUCGUUGAAGACGAGGCGGUCACAUCGGAGAAGUUCUUGCUGUUGAUUGACCAACUGAGCGUGGACCAAAAGCGACACCUCACCAUAAAGGACAUCGGCAUCAUACUGGAACGGCUCAGCUCAAAGAUCCUAGACGUGGAGCGGCUCGACCGCGAAUCAGAGUCGGACGACUGUUACAACUGGACAAUUAAGGCGACGAUCAGAGGCGACGCGCUGAGAGAGCUCGGCGUCAUAUACAAUGGCAACUACUACGCCAUCAGCGAACACCCGGGCUACCGGGAGGAGAACGAGGAGGCGGGAGACGAGGGCGAGGAGGAGGAGGAAGAGGACAGACUCUGAUCGGGCCUGUGCGGCGCCGCCGUGCCCGCCGCCGCCGCCGCCGUGCGCCACGCGCUGUGCCGCAUCGCCGCGCGCUGACGGCUGCGAGCCUCGAGCGCCGCACCGACCCCCGCGCCCCCGGCGCACACACCGCGCUCCUCCGCGGCCGCCGCGCCACGGAGGAUACCCACAGAGUGAGUGACAGAGCUGCAGCGUGAACGGCUCGGCUCGGAUCUCAAUCCGCUGUGAACGAUUAGAGACUUAUAUAUAAAAUUGAAUGCGGCGCGACCUCUCGCCCCGCGGUGCGAGGCGCGCCGACGCGACUUAGGUAAUAAAUAGCGAAAUUAUUAUAAGUAAAACUGACUUCCUAUCGUUUUCUAAGGUGAUCGUUUAAGUGUACGCGCCGGUGCACAGACGGGCGCCAGCCGACAGCGCCGGCCGCUUACGCCGACCCCUCAUAUUAGCGUAAUGUGUAUUAUAUUCCGAUGUCAGCGGAACACAAUAACUGCACAAAUAUUUAUCAUCGAGAUUGUCGUCGUAUGUUCUUAGGUAAAUAAUAAAUUGUACACGAGCGCGUUGGCGACGAUUCACUGUGUGACCGCGAGCCAGCACUCCGACACGUGUCCGGCGCCCGGCACCCGGCGACCGCUCUCGCUUGCUCAACCACCUUCAUUCUACUCACACUCGAGACUGGCCUAAUGCAUCGAGGAAUAUGUAUUGUAUGGAUCACAUUGCACAAUCGACAUUCAUAUUAACUGUUAAUAACACCACUUUAGGCGUGAAAGAUGCAAAUAAAACAAUAAAGUUGUGACUUGGCACGGCCGCGCGGCUGUCGGACGCCGGGCCGGUCGCCGGACGCCGGUGCCGCAGCGUCACGGCACUGCGCGUGCGCACAGACUAUAAACAAUAAUGUUAUGUAAUCGAAUGAGGUUAGACGGAGGCGGUGCGUUACAGAACCGUGUGAUGUUACUCGCAGAAUUUGAUUCGAGUUCACUGUAGUCAAUAAAGAGAUGGUUUGUCAGCGCUGGACGACAAUUCCGUGUAGCUAGGGCGAUGUUUCAGAGAGAGCACAUAACAUUAUACAUAUAUAUAAUAGAUAUAUAAAUUAUAUUAAUAAAUUCAAUGUUAUAAAAAGAGGUUGUAACUAAAAUACGAAUCCUUUAUACCGCCAUCGCAUCAAGUCAUCAUGCCAAAAUGGGUAUUUGUAGUGGGUAAGUUGAUUCUUGUAUUUAUUAGCUCUAUGAUACAGUAGUGUUGUGGGAUGUUUUUGAUUUUUGUAUAGUGUCGAUGCGUGAAACGGAACACGCAAUAAUGUAUGAUAUAUGAAAUGUAAUAAGUUUUACGGCUCCGCGGAGGCCACCAUCAAAUGUAUAGAUAAUUAAGGUGUAACAUUAAUGACGACCGAGCGCGCCGCCUCG